CUGACUGUUCCACAUUUGUUUUUCCGCAGGCCUGUCUUCCUAUGGCGCCCUGUGGGAGUCUGGAGAUGUUCCCUGAAGUGUCCUCGUGGGGAUGACUGUGUUGGAAAGGGGCGCAACGUUUUCCUGUAUAAGUCAGGCUACCACCAAAGGGUACGUCAUAUUUGUGAUGUAUCUAGCUUGUACACUAUGCUGACGGAGGUCUUGUGUUGCGGGCCCUGCACAAAGGCAGCAAGGAGCGGAGAUGGAGGCACCGUGGGAAGAUGGCUUGCAUGGGAUCCAGCCAUUUUACAGCAGCUCAGUGAGGCUCAUCAGGCUAUGUUCCCCACUAUCCUCACCAGCAAGCGUGGUGUGGACAAGAAGGUGGUGCGUCUUCUGCGAGACCGCACAGAAGGAAACACCAUGGCGAAGGUGUGGAGGCAGAUCCAGGAGAACCAUGUGGAGGAGCACCUCCAUCGUCUGGAUCUCUACACCACACUGCUCAUGUCUGUCGCGAAACAUGGAGGGAUCAUUGGUGCGUUUGGCCAUACUUUCCAGCCUCCACCUCCUCAGAGAGAGCUUCCAUCAGCCCGUCUUUUGCCACACGCCUUUCUGCUGACCGGAGGCUGAAAACGUGCAGGACUACAGGAAGCAGAUCCUCUCCACUUUUGGCACUGUGCUGAAAAUGGAUUCCACCAAGAAAGUAGUAAAGAAGCUGUCUGGUGAAGGGCGGCACUCAGCUGAGUGGUUCACCAGCAUCGGGAAUGAGCACUCACAGAUCGUGUCUUUUGUGCUGACUUGUGAGGAAUCCAAGGAGAAGCUGGAGCCAAUGUGCAGCGGAUUGAUGGAGAGAUACAAACUGGCUGGCCAACCUGUCCCGAGCAUCCUGUACGUGGACCGUGGCUGCUGUCGUGCUCAGGGACCAACAGCAGUGGAGACCUUGUUCCAGCCUUGGGUGGACAGCGGGAUGGUGGUACGUCUCGAUAUCUUCCAUUGGAUUCAUCGUUUUGACGCCGCCAUCCGAACAGAAUCCCACAGCAAAUAUGCCACGUUCAAGUCUGCGAUCGCCAGGGCAGUUCUGGCAUACAACCGGUCCGACCUGGAGCUCCUCAUCCGGGCCAUUAAAGCCAAGGACCUGGUGGCAUUUGAGUCUGUGACAGAUGAGGAUGUUGUUCGCCUGUACAUCACCAGGGAUCAACUGAAACAUCAUGUCCGAAGAGUCACACUCGGAGCGCAGGAGACAUUCAGGCUGGUCCACAAGGCCAUCGAGGAACUGAAAGGUCCUGCAGGGCUGGAUGAGAGCGGGGUUAGCCUCUUCAAAACACCUGAGGCUAUUGACGAAUUGUGGGCGGCACAGCAGCGACAUUUGGAGUGCAUCCAGGAUCCACCAGACCAACACAUGUACAGGGUGGCUCACACAACUACCAUCAACAACGUUGACCUGCCCUACUAAAAAUGUGUGCGUGGGAACAACAGCCUGGAGGGAUUCCACAAAUCGCUGCCAACCAUGAUUCCUGGUCCACACUGUGCAGCACGGCCUUAUCAGGUUUACCUGAUCAGCGGCAUUGCGAGGUGGAACGCAGAUCGUCGCUCUCAAGCUGUGUUUGGGGUUAAAGGACAGCGACUCAGCACCUACUCUGCGCCCCUUAUGGCUCGCCUCAACCACAACUAUCGG